UCAACUUUGCGCACUUCUCUGCUGCGCUUGCCACGACGUUAUCAAACGGAGUGACACUUUUGGACUUGAAUGCGCCAGACGAUUGCUGCGACAGAUGAGCGUUGUUGUCUUUAGGCUUCCACUUUUUCACUCUCAAUGCAGUCCAUGUUCCGCCUCCCGUGGAGUACGGAGUCGCCCGGCGACAGAAUCAUGGAAAAGGCUACGCUGCACAAGUCAAGACAGAUGCCGGCUAUUGAAAUUCCGGCCUUCAGUAUGAACCAGAUCAAGCGCAAGGCGACGGACAGUCCCGAGCCGGCAUCUACGCAGCAGGCGCAUGCUGUGAAGAAGUGGAAGAGCGCACAGGGCGAGGUGAACCCUGUGCUGGCGAACCAUGGUACGAACGGUGUGGCAACUUCGCAAUCGGAAGAUGUGCAGAGUAUGCCUCAGGCUGUUUCUGUGGAAAUUCAGGAAUCGCGACCCAAGGCUCAGCUACCGAGGAAGGACAGCGUGCUGAAGUCCAAGACACCGAGACCAUCACAAGUCAAUGUAAAAUCUGAACCCGUCAACACUCAUGAAACUUCGACAACAUCAAACUUGACCGCUGUUCAACAAGCGAUCGAGGCGCAAAUCAGCUACGAGAUCCUCUUGAAGCACAACGAGCUUCGACUGAUCGAGCAAGAGUUGGCCAAAUGCCAAGUUUCGAUGGAGCAGCUGAGGCGCUGUUCAAUGAUUCCGUUUCCUGGCACUGGGGGUCUUCACGAAGACCUCAGCCGUGGUGUCGGAGCUGCUCUCCAACCUCCUGCUGGCUACACAGAGCCUCAAUUUGCCGCACCCUGGGGAGUCACCGAUGGUCCAUACACUCGUCAUUACGCCAGGUGGUUGAUCUCGGACAUGCAGUUCGACCCUAUCUCUGAACGUGUUCUUGCUCAGCAGCAGAGUUACUUUGGACUUGGUGAAGGCAGGACGACGCGUGGCAGUUUCGGUGACUACGGUCACGGGAACAAGGGCCGCACGUCACGAACUUCGACUGGAAUGUUGAAGCUCCCGCCGCUCGGUGAAAAUCCAGCACCAGCUCCAAAGAUUGAUCCUCUGCUACACAAGCGGUCCACUGAUGGUCAGUGGGUACGACUCUACUGCGCUCAGUGUGGUCACAGCAACUUCUCCAACACGCAAGGAUUCCUCAACCACUGCCGCAUCAAGCACAGCCUGGUAUUCAAGAGCCACGACGCAGCUGCCAUUGCCUGUGGCGUUCCGGUGGACAUUAACGAGGCUGGCCAACCGGUCACCGCGACUGAACCGGUCAGCACCCCGGCCUCCGCACCUGCAGUAUCGUUCUCCGUGCCCUCUACCCCUGGCAUUGUGAAUCCUCUUGCAGUGCAACCCACCCUCACUGCACAAGCCAAGGACGUCCACCGCGACUUCAACGCCGCCCCAAGGGAAGAGUCGAAGCCUGUCUCAACCAACUUCACUGGCUCACUGUCAACACCGCACCUGAGUGCUCUGGCUCAAAAGCGUGGCUUCGAGGGCAACCUCAGGGAGCUCGUCACCACAUCUCAAUCUAAGGUUGAUCUUGACGCGAUCGACCAUUCAGAUGACGAUCUCGCGGACACCACUGCAGCUCCGACCCCAGUCAAUGCCAACCCGCCUCAGCUAGCGCGUCUUCCCGCUAGCGCCCCCAACAAAGCGCCCGCAAGCAAGGCUCCCUUGGCGCGACCAGGCAGUAGGAAGGGCAACCAAGCCAGUCACGCUCGACUUCCGUUUUCGUUGCCAUCGCCCGUCAAGUCAGAGUGUGACGAGCAUAUGCCAGACUCGCCGUUGGACCUCAGUCCUCACACUGUUGACUCCAACCCUGGCCUGGUCAGUGACCAUGACGACGAUGACGACGACGAGGAUGAUGCGCACAGCCAGCCUGACUUCAUGCUUCACGACGAUGUCGUUGUCGAGGAUGCUAGCGAUGUUGAAGGCUCGCACGAGCGCGCAAGCUCCCGCCACGGCCUUAACUCGUGUUGUGAGAAAGGGGAGAUGAGCCACAAGCAUUAGGCAGCGAGCGGGUUAAGUCGGGCUCCCUGCCGCCUUCAGAUAUGAUUUAUGCUCAUGGUUCGUAGUUACGCCUCUCCUUCUCGCCUUUCUUGCUUUUAGAACGUUACGCCGGUUUCCCCCCGUCGAUAGUUGUCGGUGGUUAUUCACGACACCAACCUUUUGUUGGCAGUUUGUUAGCAGACGACUAUGAGCUUCUCAACAGCUCUCGCCCGUCUGCUUUUCCUCUUGAUCUGUUUUUCCUUCAUCGAUACCCCCCGGCUCGAUGAUUCCCCAAAAUUUACAUGUCAGAAAAACUCAACUCUUACGCGCGCCUGAACGAAGGGAAAGGUGUUCUCUAGGCGCUGAAUCACGUCUGUGUAUUAUCAUCACUUGUAUGAAUCGGUAUAGGAUGGGUCUAUGGCUGGUUAGAGAUGUGCCUUUGUUUUGAAAGGUGCCGGUACACUUUCUUGUACCAACAAGCUUGAUCA